AGCAAAGUCAGACAGCUUCAGUAGAUGGAGCGACACCAACAGUUUAUUUUCUCUGACUCACUUUGUGUGGACCUUAAAGUGGCAGCAGAAAAGCAACAGGGAUGGCUGAUGCAGGACAGAUCAAGAAAACUGUAGACAAGGUGCUGUGCUGCUUGGAGAAGGUGUCCUCCUUCGCCUCCUCCAUCCACCCCCUCUUUGGCAUUGUCUCCCCCCUGAUCGGGAUGGCUCGCAAGGGCCUGAUGGACGAGGAAGGCCACGCUCUGGACGAGGGCUUCCAGGAGAUCCAGACCAAGCUAGAGAGCAUUUCCCAAAAGAACCAACAAUGCCUGAGGCAGAUCCGCAUCGACGAGGUGAACGAAACCUUCGGGAAGUACGAGGAGUACAUCAAGCACCAGUACAAUGCUUUCAACAGCAUGGUGGCGCAGGUAAAGAAAGAUCCGGACAACACCCAGCGCUACAUGGAGAACUUUGCGAAGAUAUAUGAGAAAGACAAGAGCGAUAUAAGCCUGGAUGUGUACUAUCGUGGUGUGACGGGUCAAAACUCGCUGUUUGGAAGACCGCUGCUGAAGGUGUACCUGGAAAACUGCGACAGCGAUCGUGAGAACAUGGAACACUGCUGUUUGCACAUCGCCCACUUGUUCCAUAUGGGCCUCAUUGCACUCAUGGCCUACACAGCUGUUACAGAGGAUGAUGUAGAUAUGGUGCGGGAUAAGUGGGCUAAGAGGGUGGAGGAAAUCCAGAAGAAGAUGCAGGAGGUGCUCAGUCAGUGCAAAGACAAAGACAAGUCGUCCUGAACUGGACCAACAGAAAGA